AUGGCGGAGUGCGGCCGGAAGGCGCUGUCCCUCCUGGAGGCGGCCCGGUCCCGGUACGAGAGCCUGCAGAUAUCCGACGACAUGUUCGGGGAGUCCGGGGAUGACAGCAGCGACAACCCCUUCUACAGCACCUCCGGAGACUCAGACUCCGACAACUACAUCGCCGAGACGGGCGAGGGGGAGCAGCAGCAGCAGCAGCACCACAAGCGGGGCGACAGGGAGAGCGGCCACGGCGGGAGCAGCGGAGCCGGUCCCCCGGGGUCUCUGUCCCGGAGCCAGGCGGAGGAGGAGGGCUGGACGGAGGGGCUGCAGGAUGUCACGGUGCCGCCGUACAAAGACACAUACGGCCCGGCUCAGAAGAUGCCGGCCACCGCCACAGCCUUGGACUUUUUCCAGCUCUUCGUCCCGGACAAUUGCAUCCAGAACAUGGUCACCCAGACCAACAUGUACGCCAAGAAGUUCCAGGAGCGCUUCGGCUCAGACGAAGGCUGGCGUCCCGUCACCACCCAGGAGAUGAAGGCCUUCCUGGGCUUCGUCACCUCCACCAGCGUGCAACGCUGCGAGUCGGUGCUCAGCAUCUGGAGCUCGGGCUUUUUCAGCAACCGCAGCAUCGCCCUGAAGAUGAGCCAGGCGCGCUUCGAGAAGAUCCUCAAGUACUUCCACAUCGUGGCUUUCCGGCCGUCGCAAGGAAGCAACCAGGGCCUGUACAAGAUCCAGCCUUUCCUGGACUCACUGCAGCAGUCGUUCGGCUGCACGUUCAGACCUUCUCAGACUCAGGUUCUUCACGAGCCCUUGAUAGACGAGGAUCCCGUGUUCAUCACCACCUGCACGGAGAGAGAGCUGAGGAAGAGGAAGAAGAGGAAGUUCAGCCUCUGGGUUCGACAGUGCACCUCCACCGGAUUCAUCUGUCAGAUCUCAGUCCAUCUGAAGGACGGCCAGGGCACAGACGGUCUGGCCACCUUGAAGAACAAGCCUCAGCUCCACAGCCUCGUGGCCAAGCAGCUCUGCCAGAACAUCUCCGGCAAGAACACCAUCAUCUUCACCGGGCCGUCCAUUACGAGCCUCAGCCUUUUCACCGAAUUCAGCAAACAAGACAUCUUCUGCUGUGGUCUGCUGAGCACCAGGAAGAGCGACUGCACCGGCUUGCCACAGAGCAUGCUGGUCUGCGGCUCCACGCCCGCGCAGCGCGGCCAAUCACGGGUCAUGAUGAAGGGCGGCAUGUCGCUGAUCAGCUGGUACAACAAGGGACACUUCAGGUUCCUCAGCAACGCCUACUCCCCAACUAAACAAGGUUUGAUCAUCAAGAGGAAAAGUGGGGAGAUCCCAUGUCCUCUGGCUGUCGAGGCCUUCGCGGCGCACCUCAGCUACAUCUGCAAAUAUGACGACAAGUACAGCAAGUACUUUAUCUUCCACAAGCCCAACAAGACCUGGCAGCAGGUCUUCUGGUUGAGCAUCAGCAUCGCCAUCAAUAACGCCUACAUCCUCUACAAGAUGUCGGACGCCUACCCGGUCGAGCGCUACAGCCGAGCACAGUUUGGAGAGAGACUGGUGAGAGAGCUGCUGGAUCUUGAUGACUGCUCCCCCACACAGUGAAGAGGAUGAAGAAGAAGAGGAGGAGGAGGACAACAAGGAGCGCAAAGCAAAAACACACACACACACACACACACACUCAGACACACACCAACACAAUCCCCACACAUGUAUUUACACCCUUCAUUAUGGUUGUACAGACUCCGCCGUCUGUGUCUAUGUGAUAAUACUGAAGCAGUGCCAAGCCUGUGUCUCUCUCCCUCUAUAGUUGUUUUUUGUUGUACUGCGAGUAAUCAUUAACACAACAGCGACACACUCACACAUUAGAGAAUUAUGAGCCAUGGGACACCCGCCUCAGCUGCAACUUUCCAACACACACACAUUUACUGAGGAUCCAUCAGCAGGAGCAGUUUCACAAGCAGACGGAGGCAGGAACAGUGACACCGGGAAGAAUUCACUGUUUAAAUGAUGUCAGCAUCAAGUUUAAACUCUUAUCAAAGAGGGAAGUUAUUGGCGUGAGCCCGAAUCUCCUGUGUGACUCUUUAAACACAUCAGAAGGCUACUUGAUAUAUAACACACGCGGCCCUGUAAAGCUUAUUAAACCAGGACUAUGGUGUGUUCACACGCUGCAUGCAUAAAGAGUCUGGAUUGUGAUGUUCUCUUGUUCGAUGUGAAAAAUGAUUUCUGCUCCAGGUGGGUUUUUUGUUUUGUUUUUUGGUCCCUGUGUAUUUCUUCAGCAAGUUGGAACUGCCAUUUGUGUGUGCGACUUUGAGCCUGAGGAUGUAUUUGUACGGCUAUUGUGACCCAAAUGUGUUGUGUUGCUGCAUAACGUGCUCGUCAGGUGAUGUAAAGCCACAUCCAGCAGUGUGCCGCCAAGUCACAGAUUCUCCUUCGAUAGAAAUAGAAAGACAUUUUGUUUCAGAUGUUAUCAAACCCCUGAAAAGCUCAUUUAGGGGGAAAUUUCUCUAAAAUGAGGGGGAACGGUUUUGUUCAUUAAUAAAAUGAUCAAAAUCUUAAUCCCCAUCGCUCAUGUUGAGAGAAUUAAAAAAAAAUCUAAUCUGAAACCUACUUUUGUACCAAUGACACUUGUAUUGCCAGAUGAACUUGUGGUAUUUGCCGGUUUCAGGACUUAUUGCUAUGCAAGCUAACUGUGCUUCGGCUUUGUUCACAAUCUCUUGAUUGGAUGCUCAGUGAGCCUGCGUUGCUAGGCAACAAGUGCAUAUCUUGGCCAGUGGGCCGGGGUUUGGACAAAUAACGUCGCUUGGCAAGAUUCACAUUCCAAAAAAGAGUAAAAACUGAAUCCCU